CGCUGAUGAUAAAUCCUCCGAUUUGGGGAUGUAUUUCCCCUAAAAUCUCAUACAAAACCAAUGUUUUUACCCCAAAUAAAUGAUGAAUGUGGACACUUCAAGCAGUGCCUCGAACCGUGUGGUUCGAGUCAACAUGAUGGAGGGGGUAGGGGCCCGUGUAGCGCGGGGACCCGACUGGAAAUGGGGGAAACAGGAUGGUGGAGAAGGCCAUGUUGGUACUGUUCGCAACUUUGAGUCUCCUGAAGAAGUGGUAGUUGUUUGGGAUAAUGGCACGGCAGCAAACUAUCGAUGUGCUGGAGCUUAUGACUUGAGGAUUCUUGACAGUGCACCUACUGGAAUAAAGCAUGAUGGAACCAUGUGUGAUACGUGUCGCCAACAGCCCAUUUUUGGCAUCCGAUGGAAAUGUGCCGAAUGUCCAAAUUAUGAUUUGUGUUCAGUGUGUUACCAUGGUGACAAGCAUAAUCUACGCCACAGAUUUUAUCGGAUAAAUACACCAGGGAGUGAAAGGGUUGCGGUCGAACCAAGGAGAAAGAGUAAAAAGAUAACAGCACGAGGGAUCUUCCCCAGUGCCCGGGUGGUCCGGGGGGUCGAUUGGCAGUGGGAAGACCAAGAUGGUGGCAAUGGCCGCAGAGGGAAGGUUACCGAGAUACAGGAUUGGAGUGCUGCCAGUCCACGGAGUGCAGCUUAUGUAUUAUGGGAUAAUGGUGCUAAAAAUCUUUAUCGGACCGGCUUUGAGGGAAUGGCCGACUUGAAGGUUGUGAAUGAUGCCAAGGGAGGAUCAUUCUACAGAGAUCACUUGCCUUUAUUGGGUGAACAGGGUCCAGGUUUGCGUUCAGGCCCUGGUGGCUUGGCGAUCGGAGAUCAAGUGAAUGUUGAUUUAGAGUUGGAGAUUGUGCAGUCGUUACAGCAUGGCCAUGGUGGAUGGACUGAUGGCAUGUUUGAGUGUUUGGGAACGACUGGUACUGUUGUGGGAAUUGAUGAAGAUCACGAUAUUGUUGUAUCAUAUCCCAGUGGAAACAGAUGGACUUUUAACCCUGCAGUAUUAACCAAAGUGAACACAAGCACUAGCAGUGGAGCCUCUGCCUCCAGCGAAACCAGUACGACCACACAGUAUGCUGUUGGGGACCUAGUACAGGUCAAUAGUGACACCGAGAGAAUCAAAGUUUUACAGAGAGGGCACGGUGAAUGGGCGGAGGCUAUGUUACCAACCCUCGGAAAAAUUGGCCGCGUCCAACAGAUUUACCAUGAUGGCGAUUUAAAAGUUGAAGUGUGUGGUACGUCAUGGACGUACAACCCAUUGGCCGUUGUCAAAGUGGCCUCAGCUGAUGGUGCCCCUAUGACGAAUCCUUCAGGCGAACGUCUGAGUGCACUCCUCAAAAAGUUGUUUGAAACGCACGUUUCUGGUGAUGUGAAUGAAGAGCUAGUCAAGGCCGCCGCAAAUGGAGACGCUGGGAAAACAGAAGAAAUACUACAGCGGCCAGAUGCUGAUAAGGUCUCAUUCCAGGUGAAUGGCGUGUUUGCGGGUCACACGGCGUUGCAGGCAGCAUCGCAGAACGGCCAUCUUGAAGUCAUCAAGGUUUUGAUGAAAUAUGAUGUUGACAUGGAAAUGGAGGACAAAGAUGGUGAUAGGGCCGUACACCAUGCAGCUUUUGGCGAUGAGGCUGGCGUCAUUGACCUGCUGCACAGGGGAGGCUGCGACGUCAACGCUCGCAACAAACGCCGACAAACACCACUGCAUAUCGGUGUGAAUAAAGGCCAUGUGAGUGUGGUGAAGACGCUGUUGGAGAGGGGUGGACAUCCAAGUUUACAGGAUUCUGAAGGUGACACGCCCCUCCAUGAUGCGAUCAGCAAGAAGAGAGAUGACAUGUUGGCGUUGAUGCUCGAACACGGUGCUGACAUCACCAUCACCAACAACAAUGGUUUCAAUGCUCUGCACCAUGCGGCACUCCGUGGAAAUCCCAGUGCCAUGCGCAUCCUACUCUCCAAACUACCAAGGCCCUGGAUAGUGGAUGAGAAGAAAGACGAUGGCUACACUGCACUACACCUCGCUGCUCUCAACAACCAUAUCGAGGUAGCCGAACUCUUGGUGCAUCAUGGGAAGGCAAACCUCGACAUACAGAAUGUCAAUCUCCAGACGGCGCUUCAUCUGGCGGUGGAACGUCAACACACUCAGAUCGUCAGGCUGUUGGUUCGAGAGAACUGUAACUUGAAUAUUCCCGACAAGGAUGGUGAUACUCCACUCCACGAGGCCCUACGGCAUCACACGCUCUCUCAGCUACGCCAGUUGCAGGAUAUGCAGGAUGUUGGCAAGUUACUGAUGGGUCUGGGAACGCCAGGGGCAGACAAGAAGUCGAGCGCAUCCAUUGCUUGCUUCCUAGCCGCCAACGGAGCUGAUCUGAACAUCAAAAACAAGAAAGGUCAAACUCCACUUGACCUCUGCCCUGAUCCGAAUCUCUGCAAAGCUCUGGCGAAAUGUCAUAAGGAGAGAAAUACGAACGUUGUUCAGUCGAACACCGUGAAUAUCCGCAAUGACCAAGACUCAUUAGAGGAGUGCAUGGUUUGUUCCGACUUGAGGAGGGACACCUUGUUCGGCCCGUGUGGCCACAUCAGCACCUGCUCCCUGUGUAGUCCUCGCGUCAAGAAAUGUCUCAUGUGUAAGGAGCCGGUCCAGUCAAGAACUAAGAUUGAAGAAUGUGUUGUUUGCUCUGAUAAGAAGGCCUCCAUGCUGUUCAAGAACUGUGGGCACAUGUGUGCAUGCGAUGGUUGUGCUGCACUGAUGAAGAAGUGUGUGCAGUGUCGGUCUUCCAUCGAUAAGAUGGUACCGUUCAUCGUGUGCUGCGGAGGGACGGCUCCCUUGCCACCUGCGCAGGCAGGGGUCAUGAACAAUGGAAGCCGAGAUAACACUGCCAGAGACAUACAAAAGCUACAGCAACAACUACAGGAUAUCAAGGACCAGACGUGUUGUCCUGUCUGCAUGGAUCGUUUAAAGAACAUGAUCUUCCUGUGCGGCCACGGAACGUGCCAAAUGUGCGGGGAUCGUAUGACGGAAUGCCCCAUAUGCCGCAAGUCGGUCGAGAAACGGAUCCUGCUUUACUGAAUAGAAUGACAACGAGAGAUAUACAUUUUACUUUGAUAGACAUUAGCCCUUGGACUGCAAGUGCAAGGCUUUAUAGGGUAUCAUGGAGUUGAGAUGUCUUACCAGUACUGAUAAAAAGCUUGGUCUUGGAAAUGAGUGCCAGAUGUUUUUUGGUUUCUACAGCUGUAAAGGACUGAAUUCAAUAAUAACAAAGAGAGUUGACAUCAAAUAUCAUUAGAUCUGAGCUGCAUGUCGUCGAUCUGUACAUGGUGAAAUUCCAAGAAUUUUGGAAUUUCUUCAACCACCAUGAUUUCAUUGGAAAACUUCAUCUCGGUUGUUUCAAAAUGGGUUCCUUUUGUUCAGACGGCUUAAGUUUCCAAUUUUGCAGAGAUUGCCAGAUGGAUGCGAAAUGAUGAUGUUGCUUGUGCAUGCAUUGAGAUCAAGAAAAAAAAGACUGGUCUUUAUUUAUUCUUGAUGAGUGUUGGGUCCAGAGCACAAGAAGAAGGGAGGGGGCAACUUUAGACCAGUAGUCAUCCCACUUUCAUUAGGAUAUGGCGUAUGGGGGUAGCCAGGAUCAGAAAUUUGAUGUAGAGUUGUAAAAAUAACAACUCCAUUCAGCUCACAUCAUAAAGCAUUAUUCAAUAGGUUCUCGAACCAUUUUUAGGCCUUUGUUGUUAUGAUCAUGAAUAAUACCAUUAGACAUUGUAUUGGUGUUUGUGGGGUUUGUUUACAUUUCUAUUUGGCUGAAGUUAUAUGUAGUAAUGUAGAGACGAAAUGACGUGAAUAGGGUAUCUUCGUCCUGAUAGGUGGCACUGCUUUUCACUAGGGUAUGCGUCAAAAUGAUGUCGACCUCGAACAAAAUAUACGUCGUGUCUCUGUCAAAACAAUCCAAUAACCUAGUGACAGGCAGCGCCACGUUUAAGUGGUAAGAUAUCAAGAUUUAGUUCCAUAUUAUCAUUCAAAGAUUCUGUUUAACAAAUGUGACCCAUCACAGCAAAACCAGGCGCAUGUCACUCUGAGCUUGGCAGGUUGAGACGGACUGUCUGUUCAUUUCUCUAUUGUUUGCCUUUUGUGAAAUAUGAGCACAUCAAUUACUUCCAUUAUCUCCUGGUGUCAUUUAGGCUCAUCUUCUGUGCGACAAGCGCCUGGUUUUGCUGUGACGGGUCACAAAUGGGCUACACCGCUCUCCACAGCUUGAUCUUCAAGUCACUGCAUCAUCGAAUUAUGUGUUAUAUAAUGUGUCUUGUGUAACUCACAACUCACUUGUAAAGUUCUGUCGGUGAUAUCACUCACUAUCUGUAACAACUUGAAUUGUAUACUUUGACAAUUAAAUAUUUCACAGUUUUACAGUGUGUAGAUCAAUUUUGGUAAUCGGAACAUGUAAAUUGAUUUAUAUGUACAUGUAUUAAUAAAAUGAACAUCAGCAGUCCAUAAUGUCAUCUAUGAUGUUGGAGGCCUGACUGACACCUUGUGGUGCAUCUGUCCCGGGUUUAUCAGCUGAUGACAUCACUCUUCUGUGGUUUUCAUUGUAGAAACUGUGUGCCAUUUCAUCAUGCAUUUAAUCAUGUUGCCUGCGUGAUUUGUAGCAUAGCUUCAUAGAAAUUUGAGGUGCAGAAUUUCAGCCCUUUUCCUUAUUCACCACAUGUGGUAUUGUACACCCCAUCCUCAAAGGACUGAUUUGGGUAGAAUAUAUUGUGUUGACAAGUUUAAACAGAAGAUCUCUCUGUGAAACACAAACUGUGUUAGGCUAUGUUAUGUGUUUUUGUGUCAAACAACAGGAGUUCUGCUGGGUCAAAUAAGUCUUUUGUUAAAUGAGAAGGUAUCAUUUUCACCACCCGCAACAAUUUACUCCAGAGAACUGAGACAAAAAGUACUUUAAAUUCACCCCAGUUCAGAACCUGUGACAUGAUGGGGGUCUACAAUAACUUGCCUCAACUCAUCCGUUAUGUUUUGGUUGUAAUAAAUAUUGUGAAGGUUUAUCGUGCAUGGAUCGAAGCUUUUGUACAUAUACUAUUUAUGCGCCAUUCAUGCUCUUUACGCGACAAUAAACCCAACAUCAUUUAAGCUUAAA